AUGGCGCUGUCAUUCGUCGCCUCCUGGCGCCGGGCGUGCCAGGCCAUGCCAGACCUGCACAAUCUGCACAUGCUUCGGCAAGUUCGGGCCACUGGACAGGCCGCUCAAGCGCAGCGAAAGGCCAGGGAUCCACGGGCCACCAGCUUCGAGGAGCGUGGCUUUGAGGCCGCCAGAGACAAACGCCGGCUACGGCCAUACUGGCCACCACAGGGACAAGCCCUCGAGCUUCCCGGAGGCCGCAAGCAGGUGCAAGUCCUCACCGCCAAGAGCGAUGUGGACGGCGCCCUGGAGGCUCAGCUGGCCUUUCUGACGCGCGGCGGUCAUCGGCUCUUCUACCUGAAUGAGGAGGAGCUAGCGGAGCUGGAAAAGCUGGCGCCGCGCAUCUCCGAGUACUUCGAGCUGUGGGAAGAGAAGGCCAAAGAUGCUGCUGACGGCGAGGAGAGCAAGCGCACGCAGAAAGGACUCCAGCAACAACCGUUGGAAUGA